GCAGCCGAGCGACGACCGCAGAGACAGAGGCACGCCGAGCACACACAUCUUCCGUCUUUAUCAGGCUUUUCUCUCUUCAGCCAGUUUGCAAAUUCGGAGAACAUCUCUCACCCAAACUUUUAUUCACGCGAACAUUGUUUGAGCGUACAAAUAUGCUGCUGUGUUCACACUUAGAAGGAAGAAGAGGCCAGCCUUAGAAUAAACUCAGCACGAACUGAAGUCCACUCCAGAGAGGAGGAAAGAAACACCUGUGGUGGACUCUGCCUUUGCACCUUUUCUUCAUUUGCUAAACCUUACUGACGCUUCAGCGGGUGCCGAUGGAAGCCAGAGGAAAGUAUGAUUUUACUGCGACAGCAGACGAUGAGCUCAGCUUCAGAAAGGGUGAUAUACUUAAGAUUUUAAGCCCACAGGAUGACUGGUAUAAAGCAGAGAUGAACGGACAUGAAGGAUUUGUACCACAAAACUACAUCGAGAUGCAGACUCCGAGGUGGUUUCAGGAGAACGCCAGUCGCAGCGCUGCAGAGGAACUCCUGAGGCACAAAGAUGUGGGAGACUUUGUGAUCCGAGGGUGCCAGAGUUCCCCUGGAGACUUCUCCAUCUCUGUCAAACAUGAGAGCGACGUUCAGCACUUUAAAGUGAUGAAAGACAACAAAGGCCAGUACUUCCUGUGGUCUGAGAAGUUCACUUCCCUAAACAAGCUGGUAGAGUUCUACAAGAUCACCUCCAUCUCUAAAACCAGAGAGAUUUACCUCAACGAUGGCAGCUCGGACAGGAAGAGCCCCUCCACGGCCCAGUCGGUGAAGAGGGGAAGUUUGCCCGAACAGCGUAGCACAGCUGCAGCCAUGGCUUCACCACGCAGAGCUUCAGACCAGCCUCACUCCCAGCUGGCUAAGCGAGUGGGUCUGGAGGAGCGAGCUCACACCAUUGGUCACACAGGAAGAAGCAGCCCCGUCAGCUCUGCUUACCCUCCCCGUCGCACAUCUGAAACCAUGCCUCUCCCCCAGAGGGCGUCGUCGGUGCAGGUGAAGGCGCUGUACGACUUCACCGCAGAGGAAGACGACGAACUCGGCUUCUGCGCCGGGGACGUCAUCGAAGUGUUGGAUCGCUCUGAUGCGUCGUGGUGGAAAGGGAGGCUGCGGGGGAAAAGCGGGCUGUUUCCUGCCAACUACACAAUACAGCUGUGAGAAAACACCCCAGGCGACGCACUUAACCUGACACAUUCACAGACUCACUCUGCAGGUGCACCGGCCCUGAAUUUGUGCUUUUGAACAUAAACACUGAGCAGUCAAUGACUCACCUAAUCUCUGCACCACAUGUCAGCACCUCAUCAAGAUGCCCGAAGGACUGAGUCAGCUCAUGUUUUCAGAUAUGCUGUAUAAUAUUCACAUACGUGCUGCCACUAAGUGCAGUGCUUGUUCAGGAUUGAUUGAGUGUUUUUGUGUCAGUAAUUUACAAAAAGGAGCAGAGACACAACCACAGGAACUUCUUAAAACCAGAAGCAGACAGGAGCUGCUGCAGCUGGCACCGAGGAAUGUUUUAUCAUUUGUAUUGACAUGUCUUGCAGCAGGUUAUUAUUGGCAAAAUGCUCAUUGGCUGGUCUGCUCGUGUACUGACUGUAAUCCAACCCAUGAAGUAAGUGAAGUCAUAUUUUAUAUCAUGAAAGAUUCUGUCUGACAAAUUCAGUAGAUUUCUAAAGAAGUCUGAGUUCUUAGGAUAGGCGUGGAACUUCCUCACUGCUCUGAUUAAAUACUGAUUUGAUUUUUAAAUCUAACUCUGAAUGAUAAGGGUCUUGGGGGGAAAUUCAGGCAAAGAAAAGCCACUUAAGUUUUUUUUUAUAUAUAAGGACUUGCUGUGUACUCAGCAAGAAGGUUUUUCCUGUUUUAUGACAUUUUUGUUUCCUACAGCAGAUUUUUUUUACUGUCAUAUUUCUAUAGAAUCCUGAUAUUGGUUUAUAGAUGUAUUAAAGUUAUUUUUUAAGUCCUGCCCAGCUGCAUGAUAGCAUCCAUGGCCAGCCACAAUCAAACCAGAAGUAAGGAAAGUUGGCCUUCAAAAUAAAAGACGAAUUAGAGCCUGCGUCCUAAUUCCUGGAAGGAUGUAGCAUCUGCUUCCUCCUCCUAAAAAAAGAUUCAUUACUCAUUAAGUCAUUAAGUUUAUUACCUAGAAGUUGCCCCACAUAGGCAGUGAUGUAGCACUAAAAACUUGGCCCUAAAUAUAUGCAGCCUCAGUGGGACCCUUCCCCUUUAAAUACAUCUAUCGCUUUGUCAAUUAUGGGAAGCUUUCACUAUGAGGUAUUAAAACAUUAUAGGACAAUAUCUGAGCAUAAAGUGAAGGUGGAAAGUUGUUUCACUCUGGCACCUCCACUGAGAAAUGAUUAUUGUAUGUCACAAUAAAAGAUGAUCAAACAGGACUUUCUUUUAAAGGAAUUUCUUUUUUUUAUGACAUGACAUUGCUUCAAAGUUCACCUUUGCUGAGUUUAUAUUGUUGUUAUAUUGUAGUUGCAAUUUUCCACUUAAUCACAUGUUCAACAAAUAACUGCUCAAUAAUCCAUAUAACCUCUAUUUAUGUGUAAAGCCCGUCAUUAACAACAGACCCAGGCUGAUAUACUGUAUUUAUAAGUGAUUCAUAGUAAAUGGACAUUGAUUAUGUAGUGCGUUUCCAGCAACGUGCUUCACAUCGAUGGCAGUGGAUUUCUCAAGGACACUUGACAUCUCCUGAGCCACUUUCACCUCAUACAUAUAAUGUGGUCACAGGAAACUAAUUAUCUUUAUGAGAUGAUGAGAAGCACCUGAACACACCAACGAUUCCAUUAAAGUGUAAUUUUUUCCCAAAAAUAUGUGAAAUUUAAAAGAGCACAAAUGUUGACAGUUAUUCAUGAACCAGCGAGCGAUGAUUUGACUGAUUUCCUUUCUCUGCCUCAGCUGUAUUUUUGGUGUUUUGAAGCAGGAAGACUUAUUUUCACUUUCAUCAAGCAGACUGACUCUUAAACUCUUUGGAGUACUUGAGUAAAUGUACUUAGUUACUUUCCUCCACUGGCAGUUUGUUCACUAAAUGUGCAUAUGAAGUGGUUUUCAUGUUGCGUCUGCUGUGAUGCCAUGACCUUUGGGUUAAAAAAACAAGUGUUUUUAAAGGAAAAAUUACUUCAACAUUUUUUUAAAUAGUUGCAAUUGUUUUUCUAUCGAUCAGCCUAAUCAGUUAAUGAACUGUUCAUUUAAGAUGUACUAGUAUAAACUGCUCUGUAGUUUAAAUUAAACAAAACAAAUUUUAUUAGCUCCUGUGU